AUGAGAUUUUUAGCGCGUUCAACUAUAUUACACAUGACUAAGAAUCGAGAUUGUUUGAAUCUGAGUUACAGAAACUCUGUAUAUUUUGUGACGCUUUUGCUUUUUGCGUUACUUCAAUUUACUGAGAGUUACCGAAUACCUAAAUCAUUUGCCUCCUCCCGUUACCCUUUCAACGUAUAUGAGGUGUCUGCCGAUGGCAGUGACCAUGAUAUAAGCAUAGACCCCCUGUUGCGGCAGCCAACCUUAACACCGGAUCCUAGACUUUUGAAGAUAGGAGCACAUGCUGCGAUUAGUUCAGAUUUAGAAGUAUGCAGUAAUCUUACCAUGUCAAAGGUUCUUCAGAAAUUUCCAGGCGCAAAUGCAGCAGAUGCUGCUGUAACGCAAGCGCUAUGCAUAGGUAUGAUCAACUUCUUUAAUAGUGGAGUAGGCGGGGGAGGAUAUGCCGUUUUCUCAAGCAGAAAUGAAGAUGCCAAUCUUUUCGUUGAUUUUAGAGAGAAGGCACCCGCUGGAUCUCAUAAACGUAUGUUCAAUGACUGCCCAGAAUGCUCUAAAAUUGGUGGGCUAGCCAUUGCUGUACCUGGGGAAUUGAUGGGAUUGUAUCACCUAUAUAAGGAGCGGGGCAGUGGUAAAGUUAGUUGGUACGAUCUCGUUGAACCUGUUGCAAGUUUGGGCAAUGAGGGUUGGAAAAUAGGUGAAGUUCUCGGUGCCUGUCUAAAACUGUAUGAGUCUCACUUGAUAUCUUUUAGUAAUGAAUGGUCAUUUGUGAUGAAUAGCACUGGUAAUGGUGUCAAAAAAACAGGUGAACUUAUUAGAAGAGAAAAGUUUUCUAACAUGUUGAUGGAAUUAGCAAGAAAUGGCUCUGUCGCACCGUUCUAUGAUCCCCAACACUGGAUUGCUCAAUCAAUUGUAAAAACCAUUCAAGAUUAUGAUGGUAUAAUGACGGCCGAUGAUUUGGCAAGUUAUCGUGCGGAAAGUGGCAAACCGUUGUCUCUUAAAAUUAGAGCUGGAUUUCGACAUGCACCUGAUAACGAUUUAACUGUUUUGACUAGCAGUGGCUCGAGUUCAGGCGCUGCACUAAUCUCGGCAUUGUCAAUUCUUGAUAAAUUUGAGAGUAAGCAGGGAGAUGAUUAUAUUUCAAAGCCAACAUUUGAAUUGAUAGAAGCCAUGAAAUGGAUGGCCAGUGCACGUAGUAGAUUAGGUGAUUUUGAUGGUUACGAGCUUCCUGCACAUAUCAAGGAGAUCAUAUCGCAAAAUUGGACGGACGCUGCAGCAGAACAUAUUGCAAUGAAUUCGCAGGAUGGCAAACUUCAGACGUUGAGUAAUUGGACCCUCUACCAUCCGGCGUAUGAGAUUAACGACCCUCAUGGGACUGCGCAUUUUAGUAUUGUGGACGAAUUCGGAAAUGCUGUUUCUUUAACUACAACAAUUAACUUAUUAUUUGGUUCGAUGGUACACGAUCCAGAAACAGGAAUAAUUUUUAAUAACGAAAUGGAUGAUUUUUCACAACAUGAUAGAUCGAACAGCUUUGCAUUAGCGCCCUCAAUAUAUAAUUAUCCAGAACCAGGGAAGAGACCACUUUCAUCAGCAGUGCCGGUUAUUGUUGUGAACGAACUGGGACUUCCCGAUUUGGUUGUAGGAGCCUCCGGCGGUUCCACUAUUUCCACAAGUGUCCUACAAGCUAUUGUAAGAAGCUAUUGGUACAAAAUGCCGUUAUUGGAAACAAUUGCAUACCCUCGCGUGCAUCACCAGCUUUUGCCCAAUCAUGUAGAGGUUGAGAGUUUUGCUAUGCUUGGAAAGGAUACCAUAGCCGCCCUCAAGUCAAUGGGCCACCAACUGAAAGAACAGGUACCAAGAAGUGUCAUUAACGCCAUAAGAUUCUGCGAUGGUUCAUGGUGUGCAGUAAGUGAUUAUUGGAGGAAAAGGGGUGUUUCUUCAGUCUACUGA